AUGGCGGAACCAAUGUCAGACUUUUUGCCAGAGAAGCUCAACACCUACUCUGACGACAUCAUCAUCGACGACGUCGAUAUGGCGUACAAUGACCCUCCCUCAUCGCCUUUCGUAGACCAUAUCGAUGUCGAAGACCAGGAGAAUAUCGCUCCCAACGCAGCGGCCACCCCCGUAAAGCCACUAGUCGAUCUGGAGGACAGCGCACCGCAAUCUGCGUUCAGAGUGUCGCCAGAGAAGAAGUAUGGGUUGAAAGAGCGCACAAGCCCAAUGAAGACGCUGCCGGCGAAGAAUUUGAUGGACGAGUUCGACGACGCAGCACUCAAGAUUAGUAGCGAGGAUCGACAGACUCCUAAGAAAAACAUCUCUCCAGUCAAGGAGACUUCCGUCGACCGACCUGGAUCCGCAAUGAGUAGCAACUCCCGCAAAAGCCAAUCACCCUCGAAAUCGUCUCGCGUUCCAUCACCCGAAACCGCUCAGCGCAAACCGACGCAUACACACCAGCGUCAAAUAUCUGUUACACCAUCGAAACGACCAGCCUCUUCUCACCAAGAGCCAGCCCUUCGUGAUAAUGAAGGCUUGACUACCGCAAUGAAAUUCAUGGAGGAGAGCAACUCGAGAAACCGGGAGACUCCAAGGAAACAAACUUCACGAGAUUGCGAAUAUGAGAUUGAUCUGAGUAUGGACAACACAGACUUCAACCCAGACGGCCCAGAGGUAACAUCCUUGGAUGUUGACGAUACCUGCUUCAGCAACUUCUCAGAGAUGCCCGGAAUAGAUAUGACAAAGUUUGCCCGCCUAAAACAGAGCCCUACAAAGAGAGAGAUGCCAGAUGCUACGCCUCGCGCUCGCACCCAGAUGACCCCUUCAACGGUCCGCCGAUCAGAGCGUACACCUAGUCCUACGCCACGGCGCGCAUACAACGAUAACGAUACUACAAACCUGCUCUUGGAUUUCACAGCUCAGAUCGAAUCCUUCUCGUCGUCUCGCCGCGAGUCAGCAGGACGCGGACGCCAUUCGCCUAGCAAGUCUGCCGCUGAGCCAAAUCUCCGCUCAUACUACCAGAACCAGCGAUCACCGGCCAAGGGUGGAUCGCAAUUGCCUGCUACCCCAAAUCAGAGAAGCCAAAUGUUCAAUCUGUUAGAUUUCGAGCUGCCUCCGGCACCAACACCACGAUCGUUACCUACUGUCACUAUUCGCGAGCUGGAGUCUGUAAAGUCUCAGUUUCAGUCUCAAGUCUCGUCUCUCACCGCUAGCUUAUCUGGGAAAGAGGCUGAGAUCGACGCUCUUUCGAAGGCCAUUGCCGAUGCCGAGCGCCGGGUUGGCGAAGCCCAAGAGACCGUCCGCGACGAACGUUCUGCUCGAGAAUAUGCAGAGACCCAAAUGGUAGACUGGAAAUCGAAGGGUGAAGAGGUCCAGAAACUACUGCAGGAUGUUCAGGCCGAGAUGGCGCGCAACGAUGCUGAGCGUGAAGAUCUUCUAGCGAGAUUAGCUGAUGCUGAAAAGCGUGCCGACGAUGCUGAGAGCCGCUCGGCUGAGCUUGAAACCAAAGUCAUCGAUGCUGAAAGCAAGAACGUCGACAUGACGACUUUCAUCAGCGGUGACGAGGGGGAUGAGAACAAAAAGGUCUACUCUGAGCUUGAGUGCCAAUCUGCCAUUGCUGAGAAGGUUAAUGAGAUUGCACGCGACUUACAUACAGCCUACAAAGCUAAGCACGAGAAGAAGAUCAAGGCCCUCAAGGACAACUACCAGAAGAAGGCCGACGAAAAGUGCAAGGAGCUACGAACGCAGAUCGUUAGUCUCGAACGACAAGUGGAAGAGGCGGGGAAAAAGCGCGACAACACAUUCAGCAGGAUUAGUCCCGGUGAGCAUGACUCCAAGGACGAGAACCAAGGAGCGACUCCCUCAAAGUCUAUAAGAAACGCCGAAGACGCUCAGAUGCUAGAAGCGCAGAGAGCCGAAAUCGAGAACCUCAAAGCUAGACUCGCUGGUCUGCAAUCUGAACUUCACUCCCUUCGCAAAUCCCACGAUACCCUUGUGGAAGAUCUCGAGGCUGAGCGCAUCGAGAAGGGCGAGCUGGUAGCAGCUGCCGAACAGAUGCUGUCUAUGUGCGGUGAGAAGAUGGAAGAGAUGCAACAAGAAGACCUUCGCCGUUCACAAAUGAGCUCUGCACCACCCGCUGCGCCUCCACAACAAGCACCGCCCCAGCAAGCAAUGCGUAACACAGGCUUCCUUGCUGGUGGUUCUAGUACCCUCCGUCCCGGAUCCGCUCUUGGGGGUGGCCGCCCCGGCAGUGCUAUGGGUGAUCGUCUAGGUGCCAUGAACGAGCGCCCAGGCAGUGGCAUAGCCAAACCAUCCGGUCUUCGUGCACCAGGUGGCCUGAAAUUCCAAGGUACUCCCGGUCUGAAUAGGAGCCAAAGCGGUGGCAAGAGCAGGCUACUAUCAAACAUUGAGCGUAUGGGCGGAGGAAAGACACAGGAGUAG